AUGGCAACUCAAUUAGCGUUGACUCCUUCUGGUGAGAAAGGAGACGGCGAUGCUCAGAUUCAGUCUCAGCCUGUCGGAGCUUCGUCUUCUUCAUCUGGAAGACCUGCCCCUGAUCCAAACCUGGUGACGUGGGACGGUCCCAACGACGCUGAGAAUCCCAAGAACUGGCCUGCGAGUCGAAAAUGGAUGGUCUUCAUUCCUGUGUCCCUGUUCAAUCUCUUGAGCUCAAUGUCCUCGGCCACGGUUGCCCCGGCUCUAGAGGCAAUCGCCGAUGAUCUCAAGAUCCGUUCCCAAACACUGCUCAUCAUGAGUCUUUCUGUGUACCUGCUCGGUAGUGCAAUAAUUCCUCUUGUCAGUUCACCUCUCUCCGAGAUGUACGGACGAGUCAUAAUCCUCUCCGCUGCGAACAUCUUCUAUAUCAUCUUCAAUACUCUUUGCGGAAUUGCCAAGACGCAAAACCAGCUCAUUGCAUAUCGAUUUCUGGCCGGGUUAGGGGGCGCUGGUCCUUUCGGAAUAGGGAGCGGUAUGAACAGUGACCUUUUCCCUCCACAGGACCGAUGGAAGGCCAUGGCAGUAUUCACCCUGGCUCCACUCCUAGGAACGGCUAUCGGUCCCAUCACCGGCGGUUUCCUUGUUCAGUAUGAGUCCUGGCCGUGGUGCUUCUAUGUGGUCUCAAUUGCUGCCGCUGUUGUUCAGCUUGGCGCGUUCUUCCUACUUCGUGAGACAUACGGUCCUGUUCUAUUGCGAAGGAAAUGUGCUCGCAUGCGCAAGAUGACUGGAAACAUCAACCUCUACACCGAAUAUGAUGGCAUGUCCUCGACCGCUUUGCUGCACAAGAACUUGAUCCGACCAUUCCGUUUGCUGGCCACGCAGCCCAUCAUCCAGGUACUGAGUCUGUAUCUGGCAUAUCUCAACGGCAUCUUAUACCUGAUGGUUGCUACGUUCCCGGACGUCUGGACGACGAUCUAUCAUGAAUCGGAAUCUAUUGGAUCGCUGAACUAUAUCUCUCUAACGGUUGGAAUGGCUAUCGCAACGCAGCUGGGGACUCGGAUCGCCGACCGCGUUUACCAACGACUGCGGGCUAAGAAUGGAGGGGUGGCCCGGCCUGAAUUUCGGUUGCCGAUUCUCUGUGCAGGAGCAUGCAUUGUCCCCAUCGGACUCUUCUGGUACGGUUGGAGUGCCCGGCCGAGCAUUCACUGGAUCAUGCCUAACAUCGGUGCCGCUAUUUACGCCGGUUCUACCGUUGUACAGUUGGUUUGCGUCCAAGGCUAUCUCAUUGACACAUACCAGCUUUUUGCCGCAAGUGCCAUGGCCGCCGUCAUGGUUCUACGAAGUCUGUUAGGAUUUGCAUUGCCCUUGAUAGCCCCCAAUCUGUAG